CAUCCUCCUUCCUUUCUGACCAAAGCUCCAUCUCUUCCCACACCUUUUCUCCCUCUAUAUAGCACCUUUCUCUCUCUAUAAAUAUACAUAUAUAUAUAUAUAUAAUCACGGUAUCUCACUCUCAGAUCUCCAUCGUUACCUAAAUCAUUGUUUAUCAUCGCUCGCCCGAUUCAACAAACCAUGAGCCGAUUCAGGCGAUUUGAGACUAUCGAAACUUUCCCAUCAUUUCUCGUCAGAGAAACCCCCUUUGUUACUACCAAAACCCUAGCCCUAAGCCACUGUUAUCCCUCAUUUGCAAAUGAAGAUGAGCUCGACUUUGCUCUCGAUUUCUUAAACCCUGUCCCAAACCCUAGCCCCACCCUCCUCGAGUUCCCUUCUCCGUUUGAUGGCUUCGACACAAUCACCGAUCUGGUCCAGAUCGACAGAGCUCCGUUCUAUACUUCGACUCGGAGGGUUCAGCACCGAGUCGAGAGUCGUCUCGGAGCUGAGCCUUACUUGCAGAGCCUCUGUGACCGAGUCUCCGCGCUCGAGGUGAGCUUCGACCGUCUGAUCAAAGCGAAGAAGCCCCACGGCGGAGAUCGGAAGUAUACGUGGACGGCUGAGAUCAAGAAUGCGGAGAAGGACGGGUUUGAUCGGAAGUAUAAGUGGACGGCGGAGAUCAAAGGUGGAAAGCAUAAGAAGAAGCACAAGGAGCAGGAAGCUAAAGUUGAGAAGAACUACAAAUGGACGGCUGAGAUUAAGGGAAAGGGGGAGGAGAGCCCGAACAUGCGGACCUACACGUUUAAAUCAUCGACUGGGGAUGGAGGUGAUAGUAGCGGAUCGGAGAAGAAAGAGAAGAAGGAUAAGAAGCAUAAAUGUGAGAAAGGAGUGGGACCCGCUCGUGUGGUGGAGAUUGAAGAACCUAAUCAUCAUGGGGCUGUCGUUUUAAGACAGGCUUUUGCGAAAAGGCUAGGGGCUCUUGAGAAGUGCAAGGGCAAGAGGAAGGAAUUGUCACCCCAAGAUGCAGCAAUGAUGAUACAGAUUACCUUCAGGGCUUAUUUGAUCCGACGAUCAAAGGCGCUUCGUGCUCUUCGAGAGCUGGCACUUACCAAGUCCAAGUUGAAGGAGAUCAGGGCACUGUUCAACAACUACAACUACCGUCAUCGUGUGACCCAUGAUGCGGAGGAGCGCCAGAAGUUCUCCGAAAGGAUCAUUGUCCUCCUCCUUACUGUUGAUGCCAUUGAGGGUUCUGAUCUUAUGGUGCGAGCUGCAAGAAAGUCAAUGGUGGACGAGCUGGAAGCAAUGCUUGACGUGGUAGACCCCCAGCCUGUUGGGAAAUCCCUUUCCAUGAAAAGGAGGAUGUUUGAUAUGCCUGAUGCUGUCAUCCAGAAGGAGCUUGCAGAUGGCGUGGCACAGGUUGUCCGAAUGCUUGGAGAAGAAGAAGAAGAACCAUAAUGCCGCUGAAACCUUUGAGGCAAAGCUUGUAAGUGCAUCCUAACGUGUACCAAAUCACCCAGUUUGGGUUUGCUAGUGUUGUAUUUUCUUAACUACUAGUAGCAGAUGCGUGUUCCGGCUAGCAUUACUACCCUCUCAUUCAGGCGUAAGUGGAGAAUAUCUGAAACUUUGGCAAGUCAUGGACUUACUCUCUCGUGGAGAGAUUUUGUACUACUUGAACUUUCCCUCUGAAGAGGGUGGUGUUAUGGUGUUCUUAGACCUUUGUUCGUAAUGUCUUGAAUGUCAUUUUAUCGUUUAUUUGCGGCA